AUGGCCACCGUCCGGUGGCCACGGGUCCUAAGCCCCAGUUACCUCUCCAUGCUUAUUCGGCAGCAGAAGAACCCACUUGACGCCCUCCACCUUUUCAACUGUGCUUCUCUUCGUUACCCUUCCUAUCGCCACAACUCUGCUGUCUACUCCGCCAUGGUCGACGCCCUCUCCUCCCCGCUUCGUCCUCACCUCCUACUUUCCCUCCUUCACCAAAUGUCUCUCGACUCAUCACCCGCUCGUGAUCCCGUCUUCUCCCGCGCCAUCCAAGCACUCGACCACGCCAAUCACCACCUUGACGCCGUCUUCGUCUUCCGGCGCCUCAUUCCCCUAUCGAACUGUCCCUCCUCCCCUCUCUCCCUCCUUUCUCUUCUCAACCUUCUCCUUUCCCGCGGUCUCCUCCGCUCCGCCCU